AUGGGUUCUUCUUCUUUUGGCAACUCCGCCAUUAAUAUUAUCCAGUUCUUCACUAUUCUUCUUGUUCUCGUUACUUCUCAGCCGCCGCCGCCGCCGCCGUUUUCUUCUUCCCCAGCAUUAAGCAUCACCACCGACAAGGAAGCAUUGCUUUCAUUAAAGUCACAAUUCCUCGUCGAAAUUCCCAAUAACCCUCUCUCAACAUGGGACCAACAAAAUCUCUCUCCCUGCAACUGGUCCGGUGUUUCCUGCACCGAGCAACGAGUCACCGGUCUCGAUCUCUCCGGUCUCAGAAUGGCCGGUUCGAUUAGCCCUUACUUAGGUAACCUCUCCUCCCUCCGAUCACUCCACUUGCAGAACAAUCAGCUCACCGGAAUAAUCCCCGACCAGAUCGGCGGUCUCUCUCGUCUCACAACUUUAAACCUCAGUUUCAACAGCAUCAACGGAGAAAUACCUCCGACAAUAAGCCGGUGUAGAGAUCUCACCACGCUGGAAUUGAUGCAGAAUCGGAUUUGGGGAAGAAUCCCUCACGAAAUCAGCCAACUCACGCAGCUUCAAACCCUAAAUUUGGCCGGGAAUCAGCUCACUGGUGACAUUCCGCCGUCUUUCACCAACAUUUCUUCCCUCGUCGAUUUAAACCUAGGCACCAACAAUUUAGGGCCGGGUACAAUUCCCGACGAUUUGUGGCGGCUUUCGAAUUUGAAAUUCCUCGAUCUCACCAUCAACAAUUUCUCCGGUAGGGUUCCGCCGUCGAUGUACAACAUGUCCUCCUUGGUGUACGUCGCUUUAGCUUCCAACAAUUUUUGGGGCGAACUCCCUCCAGACAUCGCAACCACGUUGCCCAAUCUCCUAGGGUUCAAUUUCUGCUUCAAUAAAUUCACAG